GAUGGAAUGUUCUGUAGAUACCUGUGAAAUCUAUUUGCUCUAUGGGUCAAUCUGCACAUACGUAACACUGGAGCUAGGUUGGCAGUUCUGAAACAACAUCACCUUAAUGUUGGUCAUAAAUCAAGGACAACAACUAAGCAGAAAGACACCUUGGCUAAGACAUAUUCAGGACCUUAGUAGUCGUGUGUGGGUUCUUCAUAAUGAUAUCCUUACUGCAGUCCCUAGGAAAGAACAAACGGUCCCGGUCACAGUCACCUUACUCCCAUGCCAAUAUCUGGAGACUCUUGAGAAGGGCAGGGGGGAUCCCAUGUAUCUGGGACUGAGCAAGCCUGAACGCUGCCUGUUCUGCACAAAGGAAGGGGAGCAGCCCGUGCUGCGGCUCAAGGAAGGGGACAUAAUGGAACUGUACCACCAAAGGGAACCUGUAAAAGCUUCCCUCUUCUACCAAAACAAGAGUGGCACCACCUCAACGUUCGAGUCCGCAGCCUUCCCUGGUUGGUUCAUCGCUGUCUGCUCCAAAGGAAGCUGUCCACUCUUUCUGACCCAAGAUCUGGGAAAAACACACAUCACUGACUUUGAGAUGAUUGUGGUGCACUAAGGGGUUUUCAGACACAUUGCUCUGUGGCACUCAAGAUCUCUCAGAUCCUGACAAGAAGAAGCAACCGUAUACACCCCAACAAAGCGGAAGACUGAAAGGAAAGCUGAACCCUCCUGUGGCUGGCUUCCCUCUCUGUGUCGGCUGGAUCAGAUGCAGAACAUCUUACCACAUUUUCAUCCAAAGCUUUACUGCUAGUUUUUAUAAGGAGUAAACUUUGUGGAAUAAAAUCAUUUAUCUCA